UUUCAAAUUUAAAAGAAAUACUAAGUUUUAAUUUUGUUUCCAAACACUGAUACAUGUUAUUUUUUUCUUUGUCAAAAUAGUACUAGCAAACUUAUUACGAGGACGAAUAUCUGAUCACGGAGUUCUGACAAUCCUGUUUCUACUGUAUAUGACCAUCAACUGGGGAGUGCUCCAUGCAGCAAAAAUGAUACUGGGGACUCCAUUUGUGAUUGCAUUCUUGAUAUAUAAAUGGAAGAGGAGGCAUUUAUCAAUGUAUGAUGUUGUUGAAGAAUUUCUACAAAGUCACAAUAACCUCGUGCCAAUAAGGUACUCUUAUUCCGAAAUUAGAAAGAUUACCAAAAAUUUCAAGGAUAAAUUGGGUGAAGGAGGCUAUGGCACUGUAUUUAAAGGAACGCUUCGAAGUGGUCGCCAUGUGGCUAUAAAGAUGUUAGGUAAGUCCAAAGCUAAUGGAGAAGAUUUUAUAAGCGAAGUUGCAACCAUUGGAAGGAUUCACCAUCUUAAUGUAGUGCAACUCAUUGGUUUUUGUGUUGAAAGAUCAAAACGGGCUCUAGUAUAUGAGUUAAUGCCUAAUGGUUCCCUGAAUAAAUUUAUAUUUUUGUCAGAAGAAUGCACACUCCUAAGCUAUAAUCAAAUGUAUGAUAUAGCUCUAGGAGUGGCUCGUGGGAUUGAAUAUUUACAUCAAGGAUGUGACAUGCAGAUUUUACAUUUUGAUAUCAAGCCUCACAACAUUCUUCUUGAUGAGAAUUUUACUCCCAAGGUUUCUGACUUUGGACUAGCAAAAUUGUAUCCAGUAAAUAAAAACAUUGUUUCUUUGACUGCUGCAAGAGGGACAUUAGGAUACAUGGCUCCUGAGUUGUUCUACAAAAACAUUGGAGGAGUUUCAUACAAAGCUGAUGUUUAUAGUUUUGGAAUGUUAUUGAUGGAAAUGGCAGGUAGAAGAAAGAAUUUAAAUGCAUUUGCAGAACACUCAAGCCAAAUAUACUUCCCUACUUGGGUCUAUGACCAAUUGCACGACGGAAAUGACAUUGAAAUGGAAAAUGCCACAGAGGAGGAAAAGAAAAUAAGCAAGAAGAUGAUCAUUGUUGCAUUAUGGUGUAUACAAAUGAAGCCUAGUGAUCGCCCUUCAAUGAACAAAGUUGUGCACAUGCUUGAAGGAGAAGUUGAAUGCUUACAAAUGCCUUCCAAGCCUUUCCUAUCAUCACUAGAGAGUACCAUGACAAAUGGUGGUGAGAAUUUGAAUGAAUCAAAUGAAUCAAGUCAAUCAUCUCAAUUUUAAAUGCAAAUUAAAAUUUCUGUGUAACAAAUAAGAGUUUUUUUUUUUUUUUUUUUUAAGAUAUAUCUCCUUAUUACAUAAUGUUUUCAUGUUCGAUUCUAUUUUCUCAUAAUUGACCAAUAAAAUUGGUUUUUAAGUUUGAGAAGUUA